AUGAGCGACUACUGCGGCAAACACAACGCGUUCUACGAAGCGUUAGAUGUUAUGAGGAUGGAAAAAGACAUCGACGACAUCCUCGAUCUUGUCGACAACCUGGAGUCGCUGACGGCCAACGCAGAGACCAGGCAAGCUGAAGACAAGGAGGAUCGCGAAUGCUGGAAGGACGUCGCCGACCUGGUGGACGCGGCUCUACCUACUACGGUCGCACGUCUUCACAGACACGCUCUAGAAGCCCCGUGCGAGACCACUCGGAAGAUCGUGGUCACUGCGAUCAUCGCCGUGGAAAAACGCAUCAGCGAAGCGGCCGAAGGAUGGCGAGCAGCCGCUCGAGUUGGUGCGGAAAUGGAAUGGCGAGGGGUCCACCAGUGGAUGGACUCCGGCAAAAAAAACCGAUCUUCGGGAUGCGGAUGGAGAAGGCAACUAGGCUGCGAUCGGAGCUGCGGCAAGCAUGGAGGCAGGGGUCACCCGGUUUCGCAGGGAUCGCCGUAUUCCUCGACCAGGUGGCCCCCACGAUGCCCUUCCAGGACGAGUGGAAAAAACUACAAGCCAUCGCGGCAAAAAUUAAGAUUCUCGAUGAAAUCUCCCCCACGGCCGUCCAGGACCAAUCUCAAAAUGCACUGGCCCUUCGCAACGAGA